ACCCCCACUGCUACGAGGCCUUCCACAUGCUCACCACUCACCACAUGCUCACCGCACGCGAGGGUGAGACACCCGCUCACCCCCACUGCUACGAGGCCUUCCACAUGCUCACCACUCACCACAUGCUCACCGCACGCGAGGGUGAGACACCCGCUCACCCCCACUGCUACGAGGCCUUCCACAUGCUCACCACUCACCACAUGCUCACCGCACGCGAGGGUGAGGCACCCGCUCACCCCCACUGCUACGAGGCCUUCCACAUGCUCACCACUCACCACAUGCUCACCGCACGCGAGGGUGAGACACCCGCUCACCCCCACUGCUACGAGGCCUUCCACAUUCUCACCACUCACCACAUGCUCACCGCACGCGAGGGUGAGGCACCCGCUCACCCCCACUGCUACGAGGCCUUCCACAUGCUCACCACUCACCACAUGCUCACCGCACGCGAGGGUGAGGCACCCGCUCACCCCCACUGCUACGAGGCCUUCCACAUGCUCACCACUCACCACAUGCUCACCGCACGCGAGGGUGAGACACCCGCUCACCCCCACUGCUACGAGGCCUUCCACAUGCUCACCACUCACCACAUGCUCACCGCACGCGAGGGUGAGGCACCCGCUCACCCCCACUGCUACGAGGCCUUCCACAUGCUCACCACUCACCACAUGCUCACCGCACGCGAGGGUGAGACACCCGCUCACCCCCACUGCUACGAGGCCUUCCACAUGCUCACCACUCACCACAUGCUCACCGCACGCGAGGGUGAGGCACCCGCUCACCCCCACUGCUACGAGGCCUUCCACAUGCUCACCACUCACCACAUGCUCACCGCACGCGAGGGUGAGACACCCGCUCACCCCCACUGCUACGAGGCCUUCCACAUGCUCACCACUCACCACAUGCUCACCGCACGCGAGGGUGAGGCACCCGCUCACCCCCACUGCUACGAGGCCUUCCACAUGCUCACCACUCACCACAUGCUCACCGCACGCGAGGGUGAGACACCCGCUCACCCCCACUGCUACGAGGCCUUCCACAUGCUCACCACUCACCACAUGCUCACCGCACGCGAGGGUGAGGCACCCGCUCACCCCCACUGCUACGAGGCCUUCCACAUGCUCACCACUCACCACAUGCUCACCGCACGCGAGGGUGAGACACCCGCUCACCCCCACUGCUACGAGGCCUUCCACAUGCUCACCACUCACCACAUGCUCACCGCACGUGAGGGUGAGACACCCGCUCACCCCCACUGCUACGAGGCCUUCCACAUGCUCACCACUCACCACAUGCUCACCGCACGCGAGGGUGAGACACCCCCCUCACCCCCACUGCUACGAGGCCUUCCACAUGCUCACCACUCACCACAUGCUCACCGCACGCGAGGGUGAGACACCCGCUCACCCCCACUGCUACGAGGCCUUCCACAUGCUCACCACUCACCACAUGCUCACCGCACGCGAGGGUGAGACACCCGCUCACCCCCACUGCUACGAGGCCUUCCACAUGCUCACCACUCACCACAUGCUCACCGCACGCGAGGGUGAGACACCCGCUCACCCCCCACUGCUACGAGGCCUUCCACAUGCUCACCACUCACCACAUGCUCACCGCACGCGAGGGUGAGACACCCGCUCACCGCCACUGCUACGAGGCCUUCCACAUGCUCACCACUCACCACAUGCUCACCGCACGUGAGGGUGAGACACCCGCUCACCCCCACUGCUACGAGGCCUUCCACAUGCUCACCACUCACCACAUGCUCACCGCACGUGAGGGUGAGACACCCGCUCACCCCCACUGCUACGAGGCCUUCCACAUGCUCACCACUCACCACAUGCUCACCGCACGUGAGGGUGAGACACCCGCUCACCCCCACUGCUACGAGGCCUUCCACAUGCUCACCACUCACCACAUGCUCACCGCACGUGAGGGUGAGACACCCCCCUCACCCCCACUGCUACGAGGCCUUCCACAUGCUCACCACUCACCACAUGCUCACCGCACGCGAGGGUGAGACACCCGCUCACCCCCACUGCUACGAGGCCUUCCACAUGCUCACCACUCACCACAUGCUCACCGCACGCGAGGGUGAGACACCCGCUCACCCCCACUGCUACGAGGCCUUCCACAUGCUCACCACUCACAACAUGCUCACCGCACGCGAGGGUGAGACACCCGCUCACCCCCACUGCUACGAGGCCUUCCACAUGCUCACCACUCACCACAUGCUUACCGCACGCGAGGGUGAGACACCCGCUCACCCCCACUGCUACGAGGCCUUCCACAUGCUCACCACUCACCACAUGCUCACCGCACGUGAGGGUGAGACACCCGCUCACCCCCACUGCUACGAGGCCUUCCACAUGCUCACCACUCACCACAUGCUCACCGCACGUGAGGGUGAGACACCCGCUCACCCCAACUGCUACGAGGCCUUCCACAUGCUCACCACUCACCACAUGCUCACCGCACGCGAGGGUGAGACACCCGCUCACCCCCACUGCUACGAGGCCUUCCACAUGCUCACCACUCACCACAUGCUCACCGCACGCGAGGGUGAGACACCCGCUCACCCCCACUGCUACGAGGCCUUCCACAUGCUCACCACUCACCACAUGCUCACCGCACGCGAGGGUGAGGCACCCGCUCACCCCCACUGCUACGAGGCCUUCCACAUGCUCACCAAUCACCACAUGCUCACCGCACGCGAGGAGCGUGAGCUCCUGGCCUCCCUGGAGCAGCAGGGCUCCCGUCACGACGCUCAGCUCCUGCGCUUCCUCUACCAGAACAAACUCAAGAAGUACAACAAACCGAAGCCGGCCGAGAUUCCGCGGUCGCUGGAGAGACUCUCGGAGAAUCUGGACGUGGUGAUGACGGUGGCCGAGAGGCACUACUACAACUGUGACUUCCCUGCCUGUUACACUCUCACAUCGGCGAUCAUGAGCAAGGACCCCUACCACUCCUCCUGCCUGCCCAUCCACAUCGGAGUCCUUGUGGAACUCUGCAAGACUAAUGAGUUGUUCUAUUUGUCUCACAAGCUCGUGGACCUUUACCCUGCAAACUCAGUCUCGUGGUUUGCUGUCGGCUGCUAUUACCUGGUCAUUGGGCAGAAGAACGAACACGCCCGCAGAUACCUCAGUAAGUCCACCUCUCUGGACCGCAUGUUUGGCCCGGCGUGGAUCGCGUUUGGCCACUCGUUUGCCGUGGAGAGUGAGCACGACCAGGCUAUGGCUGCCUACUUCACCGCAGCGCAGCUCAUGCGAGGGUGCCACCUGCCGCUCCUGUACAUCGGCCUGGAGUACGGCCUCACCAACAAUCCGCGGCUGGCCGAGCGGUUCUUCAGCAAGGCGCUGAGCAUCGCCCCCGAUGACCCCUUCGUGCUGCACGAGAUGGGGGUCGUCGCCUUCCAGAACGAGAACUGGAAGGCAGCGCACAAACAUUUUACAGAUGCACUGAGCAAGAUCAAGGCCAUAGGGAAUGAGGUCACAGCCGAAAAGUGGGAGCCUCUUUUGAACAAUCUAGGGCACGUGUGUCGCAAGCUGCAGCGCUAUGAGGAGGCGCUGGAGUACCACCAGCAGGCCAUGAUGCUUGUGCCACAGAACUCGUCCACCUACGCCUCGCUGGGGUACGUGUUGGCCCUCACCGGACACUUCAAGUCGGCCAUCGACCACUUCCACAAGGCGCUGGGACUCCGGCGGGAUGACACCUUCUCACUCAACAUGCUGGCCAGCUGCACGGAGCUCUACGUGGGCGAGAUGGAGCCAUAUGUUGGCCCAGAGACAAAGCAGGAGAUGCUGAGCUGCUACAAUGACCACUUGUCCAUGGUGGCAUUGCUGGGGGCAGAGCAGGCACAGCGGGACGCGGAUAGCAGCUCUGUGAGUGGAAUCCGCCCUCUGGACUCGAGUGUGGAGUCCACCACCACCGCCUCCACCGCCUCCACCACCGCCUCCACUGCCUCCACCGCCUCCACCGCCACCGCCUCCACCGCCGCCGCCGUCACGGCCCGCACCGUCACCUCCUCGUCCAGCGGCACGUUGGGCCGACCCAUCCCCUUCCUCCUGCAGCACAACCACCAACUCCACCACCGUGUCACCCCCAUCCGCCUGGCGCCCUUCUCAGAGGAGACCUCCUCCACGCUCGCCGAACUCGCCGCACUCACCGCCACCAACACCACCACCAACACCACCACCAACACCACCAACACCACCACCAACACCACCACCAGCAGCACCGCCGCCGAACUCACCGCAGAGCUCACGGAGCCCGACAUGGACCUGGAGCCGAAUGACUCCGGAGAUGCUGGAGGGGCCGCCGGGACCCCCUAGACCCCCCCUAGACCCUCCUAGACCCCCCUAGACCCCCCUAGAUCCCCCUAGACCCUCCCUAG